AUGUUCUCGGGCCUACUUCUCCUAACCAGCCUCGUGGCCCUGCUGUCGGCCGUAGGGAAUGCAGCCGUGACCAUUCAACCCUCCAACACCACCUGCCGCUGCUUCCCGGGGGAGGAAUGCUGGCCCUCACCAGCCGAAUGGACUCAAUUCAAUGAAUCCAUCGACGGCCGACUAAUCCAGACUAUCCCUCUCGGCAAGCCCUGCCACAAUCCCACCUACAAACCAGGGGUGUGCAACUACCUUCGCGAACAAUGGACGGAGCCCGAAAUCCACUAUGAAUCGUCCUCCUCCAUCAUGGCCCCCUGGUUCGCCAACGGCUCGUGCGAUCCUUUCCACCCCAUCGCCAAGCCCUGCACCCUGGGUAACUACAUUGUAUAUGCCGUGAACGUCAGCCAGCCCAGCCACAUCUCGCGCGCUCUGGCCUUUGCAACCGCCCAUAACCUCCGCGUCGUUGUCCGCAACACCGGCCACGAUUACAACGGCAAGUCCACCGGUGCCGGUGCCCUCGGCAUCUGGACCCAUCAUCUCAAGGACAUCGACAUCGUCGACCACCACGACGCCCAUUACUCCGGCAAGGCCAUCCGUCUGGGCGCCGGUGUCCAGGGCUUCGAAGCCUGGGAGGCGGCCGAUGCCCACGGCUACCAGGUCGUCAGCGGCGAGUGUCCGACCGUCGGCAUCGCGGGCGGCUACUCCCAAGGCGGCGGCCACUCGGCCCUGUCCUCGCGCUACGGCCUCGCCGCGGACCAGGUCCUGGAAUGGGAGGUCAUUGACGGCACGGGACGCUUCAUCACCGCCACCCGCGACAACGAAUACAAGGACCUGUAUUGGGCCUUGAGCGGCGGCGGCGGCGGCACUUACGGGGUUGUCUGGUCCAUGACCUCCAAACUACAUACCAGCACGCCUACCUCAGGACUAAACCUCACUUUCACCAACGCCAACAUCUCCCAGGAUACGUUCUACUCGGCUGUAGGCCUCUACCACUCCCUCCUCCCGACCAUCGUCGACGCCGGCGCCAUGAGCAUCUGGUACUUCACCAACACGACCUUCUACAUCGCUCCGCUGACUGGACCGAAUAUCCCCGUCCAGGAGCUCAUCUCGCUACUCAAACCCUUCCGCGAGGGCCUAGAGAAAAUGGGUAUCAGAUACACCCUGUACGCGGAGCAAUUCCCCACCUACCUCAGCGAAUUCAACGGCAUGAUGCCUGAAAUCCCCGUCGGAGAAGCGCAAUACGGCGGAUGGCUGAUCCCGCGAUCGGUGGUGCGCGAGAACAACACCGCCUUGACGGCCGCCUAUCGCCAGAUCACGGAAGACGGUGCCACAUUUAUCGGGGUGGGACUGAAUGUGUCGAAGGCGUUAGUCGGGGAUGUGGAUAAUGCGGUGCUGCCUGCUUGGCGGGACACGUUGAUUGAUACGACGCUCACGACGCCGUGGCAGUGGGAUGCCCGGCAGAACAUGCUAGUGCAGCAGUAUAAAAUGACAUAUGAGUAUUUGCCGUUGUUGGAACGGUUGGCGCCGGAUUCGGGGGCUUAUAUGAAUGAGGGCGACUUCCGCCAACCCAACUUCCAAAAAGCAUUCUACGGAGUGAACUAUCCCCGACUACGACAGAUCAAGAAGAAAUAUGACCCGCUGGAUGUAUUUUAUGGCCAGACGGCGGUGGGUUCGGAUGAGUGGACGAUGUAUCCUGAUGGGAGGUUAUGUCGGGUUUCGUCUUCUGCUGAUGCGGAAGGUUAUUCGUAA